GAUAAACUGGAUGAGUGUAGAUCAGUGUGUGAGAGGUGCUGUGUAACUGUCCUCCUUAUACAUAUUAGAAAGCUGGAACAACAGAAGGUCAUCAGCUGAUCAGCCAUGCGAUUGGUCAGCAUGCAGCAUAGGGGGCGGAGGGCAGCAGAACCUGAGGAGGAGCCUAAUCGUGCUCCACCACCUCCGCCCCCUCCCUCUCAUCACUCUCAUAACUUCAUAAAUAUAAAGAACAAGUUUUUCAACGAGCUUGGGCAUUUACCAAUGCCCAUGUGGGCAGUUGGAGCCAUAGUUGUGGUUGUGCUUGCCCUGGUUGGCUGUCUUGCGUUCUGCAUCUAUAAGAAGUGCUUGGGAGGAAAGAAGAAGACAAAGAAAGUAAGAGAGAGAAAGGGAGGGCGCAGACGGAUGAAACAGGAGACAGAAGGUGAAGCAGGCGAGGAGCAGCCUAAAGAAGGGGAGGGCGAGGGUGAUAAGGAAACUGAGCUUCUUGGAAAGUUGGAGUACACACUGGACUACAACUUCACUGAAAAUCAGCUCAUUGUUGGUAUCUUACAAGCCCAAGACCUUCCUGCUAUGGACUUAGGAGGAACAUCUGACCCUUAUGUCAAAGUUUACAUGCUACCAGACAAGAAAAAAAAGUUUGAGACAAAAGUCCAGCGCAAGAACCUUUGCCCUGUUUUCAACGAGACUUUCAUUUUCAAGAUCCCCUUUAAUGAUCUUGCUGGGCAGACUCUGGUCCUGCAGGUGUUUGACUUUGACCGUUUUGGUAAACAUGACGUAAUUGGAGAGAUCAAAAUCCCAAUGAACAGUGUUGACCUGGCCCAGCCCAUACAUGAAUGGAGAGACCUGGUUGGAGGAGAAAAAGAAGAACAAGAAAAACUGGGUGACAUCUGUAUCUCUCUGCGCUAUGUGCCCACUUCAGGAAAGCUUACUGUCUGUAUCAUGGAAGCCAAGAACCUAAAAAAGAUGGAUGUUGGUGGUUUGUCAGAUCCUUUUGUGAAAGUGGUGUUACAACACAAUGGAAAGCGCAUUAAGAAGAAGAAGACAACAGUUAAGCAGAACACACUGAACCCUUAUUUCAACGAGAGCUUUAGCUUUGAAAUCCCCUUUGCUCAGAUACAGAAAGUCCAGGUGCUGAUCACAGUCUAUGACUACGACAAACUGGGCAGCAAUGAUCCAAUUGGGAAGUGCUGGAUCGGGUUUGGUGCAAGUGGCGUGGGUCUGCGCCAUUGGUCAGACAUGCUGGCCAAUCCCAGACGGCCUGUGGCACAGUGGCACACACUUCAGCCUGAAGAAGAAGUCGAUGCUGCCCUUAAGGCACCUAUCCGCUAAAAUAUAUAUAUUUUGUCAAACAACAGAUUUGGAAAUACUGAUUUGCAGAUACCUGUAUUCACACAUCUGCCAUCAUAUUUGACCAUUGUUGAGAAUGACAUUUUUAUGCUACUUGCACUUUGUACAUACUAGAAAAACACUAUUUUCAAAUGAACUCCUUACUUUUGGCAACACACCCUUUAAAUCAGUUAACGCACAUCUGUCCCCUUACUUAAGAUAACUCUGUCUAAUACAUUCUGUACCGAUGUUUUGUCUUUUUAUUCCUUCUUUACUAUGAAACACAAAAGGAGGCAUAUUUAUAAGCUUUUAUUCUGGAUAUCAUGUUCAUCAAGUUUGUGUUUCUUAUUUAAAGGUCUGUAUUUGAAUGAUGACUGUGUUUUGUUUGUAUUUGUGACUUGUCUGUGAAAUUCAGGUUAAAGUCUCUAUUUAAUGAGAGUUUAAUUUUACUUAGACAAAAUAAAGAUGUGGUUAGAUGUUAUUUACAUUUCUUUAAGAUGAUUUUAUGUAGAAACCAGUAAAUGACAAAAAAUGACUUUAGCUGCAUGGGUUUUCACAGGCAGGGUCACUUUUGUUCAUAACUACAGAACCAUUUUGAUUUUUUUUUUUUUUUGUAAAUCAAGAUCACUAAAAAUAAACCCACUGGAUACAUUAUUACAGAUUGCAAGAAGUGUUUAUAUAAAGUCAUUUUAUGGCUAAAAAUGUAAUUACUGAUUUGUAAAUAUUUACUAAAAUCUAUUGGAAAGGAAAUAAAGAUAUUCA